UCACUUCCCUCCCAGUAUACAAUUACACACACCACACAUCUCACCUCCAAACCCCUCUCAUCCCUCCACCGCCAAAAUGACACCCACACCCUAACCAAAGCCCUCCAAUUCGAACAGAAAAACCAAACCAUGCCACGACUCCCCAAACACCUAAAAAUCCAAAAACGCCCCAUCCCACACCCACCCACACCCAGCCCAUACUCCGGCUCCUCAACCCCCAAAACCAUCUACGUUUCAUCCUCGUCCCCAACAAUGGGGGUCAUCAAACGCGUACAGAAAUAUCUCCGGGCAGCGGAGAACCGCGCCACCGGGAGCGUCCUUGGGAAGAAUAAAGGGCGGAGGGAGCAGAUUGCGGCGUUGGCGAAGAGUCAAGAGGCGUUGAAGAAAGAGGAGGUGUUUGUGAAGGCGACGGGGCGGGCGAUGGAGAGGGCGUUGAAGGUCGGGAAGUGGUUUGAGGGGGAGGAGAGGAAGGAGGAGUAUUGUGUUAGGGUGAAGACGGGGAGUGUGGUUGUUGUUGAUGAUGUUGGGGAUAUGGAGGAGAGGAAGGAGAGGUUGAAGAGGGAGAUUGAGGAGGGGGGGUUGUCGAAGGCGGCGGUUAGGAAGAGGAAGAGGGAUGUUGCUAGGAUUGAGGGUGAGGUGCCGGAGUCGAGGACGAGGUGGGUGAAUAUGGUGGAGGUGGCGGUUUCGUUCAAGUGA